GCGGGGCGGGAGCGCGCCGUGGGGCGCGCGGCCCCGGUCCGCCCGCCCCGCGCCCCGCCGCCGCGGCACGGGCCCGCCAAGCGCCUGCGCACUGCAGGGGCGCCAGAUUUGGCGGGAGGGGGAGUGUCCAAGGGCCCUUUGUUUGAUGGCAUCUCUGUUUAGAGUUUACUCUUUAAUCUCAACCUGUUUCCUCCUCCUCCUCCCGCGGCUCCUCGGCACUCCCGUGCGCGGCGGCGGAGCGCCCAGGCGCAGCCCGGCAGCAGGGUGCGGCGGCGGGCGCGGGCUCGGUCUCCCCCGUCCUCCUCCCCCAGCGGCCGGUGCGAGGAUGUCCCGGAGACCCCGGCACAGUAUAUAUAGUAGUGAUGAUGAUGAAGAUGAUGUUGAGGUGUAUGAUCACGAUUAUGAUGGUCUGCUUCCUAAGACUGGAAAACGUCACUUAGGAAAAACCAGGUGGACCCGUGAAGAGGAUGAGAAGCUGAAGAAGCUUGUGGAGCAGAAUGGCACAGAAGACUGGAAAGUCAUUGCCAAUUUCCUUCCUAAUCGGACGGAUGUUCAGUGCCAGCACCGAUGGCAGAAGGUACUAAACCCAGAACUUAUUAAAGGUCCGUGGACUAAAGAGGAGGAUCAAAGGGUAAUAGAGCUCGUGCAGAAGUACGGUCCAAAGCGCUGGUCGGUCAUCGCGAAGCAUUUGAAGGGAAGGAUUGGAAAACAGUGCAGGGAGAGGUGGCACAACCAUUUGAAUCCAGAAGUGAAGAAAACCUCCUGGACAGAAGAGGAAGACAGAAUUAUUUACCAGGCACACAAGAGGCUGGGAAACAGAUGGGCAGAGAUUGCGAAGUUGCUGCCUGGACGAACUGAUAAUGCUAUCAAGAACCACUGGAACUCCACCAUGCGCCGAAAGGUUGAGCAGGAGGGCUACCUGCAGGAGUCCUCCAAAGCCUGCCACUCCUCAGCAGCUGCUGGCUUUCAGAAGAACAACCACUUGAUGGCCUUUGCUCACAACCCAUCGCCGCCCACCCAGCUGCCGGUGGCCAGCCAGCCCCCGCUGAGCAGUGACUACCCCUACUACCACAUCCCUGAGCCACAGAACGUUCCUGGUCAGAUCCCAUAUCCAGUAGCACUGCAUGUAAAUAUUGUCAAUGUACCUCAGCCAGCUGCUGCAGCUAUCCAGAGACACUAUAAUGAUGAAGACCCUGAGAAAGAAAAGCGAAUAAAGGAAUUAGAGUUGCUACUAAUGUCGACUGAGAAUGAACUGAAAGGGCAGCAGGCAUUACCAACACAGAACCACACAUCAAACUACCCCGGCUGGCACAGCACCACAAUUGCUGACAGCACCAGGACCAGUGGUGACAGUGCACCUGUUUCCUGUUUGGGGGAACAUCACCACUGUACUCCAUCUCCACCGGUGGAUCACGGUUGCUUACCUGAGGAAAGUGCAUCCCCUGCACGGUGCAUGAUUGUUCACCAGAGCAACAUCCUGGACAAUGUUAAGAAUCUCUUAGAAUUUGCUGAAACACUCCAGUUAAUAGACUCCGAUCCUUCAUCAUGGGGUGAUCUCAGCAGUUUUGAAUUCUUUGAAGACACAGACACUCCGGCUAGCAGAGCUCCCUCAGGCACAGUGGCGCAGCUUCAGCAAAGAGGGGCCAGUGCUUGUAGACCUCAAGGACAGUCCACCACAAAUUUGAGCAAAGUCAUGUCGAGUCAGGGCUCUCUUGGCUCACCAAAGACCUCACCUGCCUCCCAGGGCAGUGCAGCUCGGUGGGUCCUUCUUCGCAAAAGGAGAGGGCACUGCAGCCCCCUAGACAGUGGCCACGGUAGCGCCUUGGUCCUAGCUGACGUCAGCAGCUCAACUCCUCCUAAGCGCUCCCCUGUCAAAAGCCUGCCCUUCUCUCCCUCGCAGUUCUUAAACACCUCAUCCAGUCACGAAAACUUGAACCUGGACAACCCUGCGCUGACCUCCACGCCGGUAUGUGGCCAUAAGAUGGGAGUUACCACCCCCUUCCACAGGGACCAGGCUUUCAAAGCUCAGAAGGAAAACCAUGGUUUCAGGACUCCAGCAAUCAAGAGGUCGAUAUUAGAAAGCUCUCCAAGAACACCCACUCCAUUCAAAAAUGCACUUGCAGCUCAGGAAAUCAAAUACGGUCCUUUGAAGAUGCUGCCUCAAACUCCAACUCAUCUUGUAGAAGAUCUGCAGGAUGUUAUCAAGCAGGAGUCGGAGGAAUCUGCAAUAGUGGCUGGGCUACAUGAAAGUGGACCCCCUUUGCUGAAGAAAAUCAAACAAGAGGUGGAGUCCCCAACAGAUAAAGCUGGAAAUUUUUUUUGCUCAAAUCACUGGGAAGGAGAAAAUCUGAACACUCAGCUCUUUACACCAGGGUCUACUAUGGAAGAUGUGCCAAAUCUUCUUACCAGUUCCAUUUUAAAGAUGCCUGUGUCUGAAGAUGAUGAUAGUUUUCACAAAACAGUUGCAGUACCUAGAAACAGGCCACUAGCUAGUCCUCUACAGCAUCUGAACAACGCCUGGGAGCCAGCGUCCUGUGGGAAGAUCGAGGAUCAGAUGGCUCUGACGGAUCAGGCACGCAAAUACAUGGCCACCUUCCCCACCCGGACUCUGGUGAUGUGAGAGGGUCGACGCACAGAGAAGCAUUAUGGUUUUGAGAACACUUCACCUCCUCUGGGAAAUUCCUGUUCCUCUGCAUGAGAACUUUUCAUGAAUGGGAGAAGAGCCUAUCUUUGUUGUGGUACAACAGUUGGGAGCAGCACAAAGUGCAUUUAGUCACUCAGCAUAUAUAUUCUUGUUGGAUUUCACCCAACUUAAGAGUUUGUGUUUUUUUAAUGAUACUUGCCUAAAUUAUUAGGUAUUGAGUUUGAAUCAGUAAUUAAUAAUCUUAAGUGCAGUCUUAUAAUAAAGAUAAUUUUUCUUGUACUUUUUGAGAUCAAGCAGACUUAAUACACCAGUAUUGUUAUUUCAGUGAUGUGCUAGCCAGGGGUGGGGUUUAGUUUGUUUCUUUUUUUUUAUUAUUUUGGUUUUUCUAAUAAUAAAAGAGCAGGUACUCAAACAGAUAUAUUUUAAAUCACUGAACAAAAUAAAUUGGUGUAAAAUACUGAAGUGAAAAGCAUUACUACAAACGCUUGUCUGUGCAAAAGGGGAAAGCUGAUCAAGAUUGUGAAUGCUCAAACAUCCAUGCCUCUUGAAAUAAUCCUUGCUGUUUUGGUUCUAGGCCAUUAUACGUUGUGUGUUGGGGGGGUGGGUAAUUAGCUUGCUUUAAAAAAUAUUACUGUAUGAAACAUAGAUUUAUGAGAAAAAUUAUAUUUUUAUUCAGUAAUUUAAUUUUGUAAAUGCCAAAUGAAUACUGUGUUUUGCUGCUACAGACCUUAGCGUGUAGACAUGCUGCUAGUGUAAAAGGAGCAGUAGAGCUUUAUAUGGAAAAAAACAAAUGUUGAUGUUAGGCAAUUGACUAUGCACUAGCAUUUCAGACCUUUUUGUUUUAAUUUUUUUUUACAUCAUUUAUAUUUUUUCCCCAUUUUUUUAUAAGCAAUAUUUUUGAACACUGUUCUUGGGAGAUUUUUAUUUGUGUGGAUGUGUUGUUCUGUUCCUCAUUGGUUUGUAACAGCAUGCAUUGCACCUUCAUAUGUUUGGGAGAACACUGUCUUGUUCAUGUUGUCUCUUUUGUUCCAUGUCUAGCUAGUUGUUCCCUAACUUGGGUCUUGUGUACUGAAUCAGGUUCUUAGAAAUACAUGGUUCUUUGUACUGCCAUGCAAUGAUCUUUAUUGAUAUGGCAAAACACUGAUUUUAUUUUAUUUUUUUAUUUUUGUGUGUUUUUAUAACAGCCUCUGACUUUGCUGCCUUAAUAGCAUUCGGUGCAGCUUUAUCUGCACUUAAUUUUUUAUACAACAAUGUACUGCCUUGUAGAUAAAUAAAGUGUGUUCUUUUUUACUUAAA